CAAUGGAGCUUCUUAUCCCAUCUCAGGUAAUAGGAACAUUUUUAGCCUUAAUCUUGUUGGUGUAUUACUUCCUGUGCAGAAACAAAACCGGCAAGGGAAGGGAAGCCCCAACACCUUCUGGUGCCUUGCCAGUCAUUGGUCAUCUCCAUUUGCUUGGAGGAAAAACCUCUGUUCCACGAACGCUUGGAGCUAUGGCCGACAAGUAUGGGCCGGCCAUCAUGCUCAGACUCGGCGUACAUCGAUCGUUGGUUGUGAGCAGUGCAGAGAUGAUUAAGGACUGCUUCACUACCAACGACAGGGUUUUAGCUACACGCCCUCAUUUCGCUGCAGGCAAGCACUUGUUCUUCCACUAUGCUAUGUUUGCGAUCUCACCUUAUGGGUCAUAUUGGCGCGAGAUCCGUAAGAUGUCCACUGUUGAGCUACUUUCCAAUACCCGACUUCACAAGCUCAGGCAUGUUAGGAUCUCUGAAGUAGACAGAUCCAUCAAAGAAUUGUACUUAGUUUGGGCCAACCACAACAACAGUACUACUGAUCGACGACGUGAUCCUAUCAAAGUGGAGAUGAAGCAGUGGUUCCAACACCUUACUUUUAAUGUCAUCACAAAACUGAUGACUGGGAAACGUUUUUAUGGGAACAAUAAUAAUAUUGGUGGUGGUGGUGCUGGAAAUCAUGAGGUUAAAGAGGAGGAGGCCCAACGAUUCCGGAAAGCAAUGUCUCAAAUGGCGUACCUAGGUGGGGUGUUUGUUGUAUCGGAUGCAAUACCCUAUUGUGAAUGGUUGGACUUGGGAGGACAUAUUAGAGCCAUGAAGUCUGCUGCUAAGGAAUUAGAUUCUAUAGUUGGAAAUUGGAUUGAUGAACAUCGUACUGGUUGUGGUCCUCGUCACAGCAGGAUGAUCCAUGAAGAAGAAGAAGAAGAAGAUCAAGAUCAGGUGGACUUCAUUGAUGUGAUGCUAUCUGUCAUUCCUGAGGACAAAUUAAUGUAUGGUUAUGAUCGUGAUACUGUCAUCAAGUCAACUGUACUGAACCUCGUCGGAGGUGGCUACGAAACAACCUACCUAACCCUGACAUGGGCACUUUCUUUGCUACUCAACAAUCCCCAAGUACUGAAAAGGGCACAGGAAGAGCUGGACGUCCAUGUUGGCAGGGACAGACACGUUGAAGAAUCAGAUAUCAAGAACCUGGUGUACCUCCAUUCCAUUGUGAAGGAAACUUUGAGGCUAUACCCUCCUUUUCCUUUAUCAAUACCACAUGAAGCCAUGGAAGACUGUCAAGUAGGGGGCUAUGCUGUCCCCAAGGGCACACGUGUGCUUGUCAAUAUGUGGAAGCUUCAUCGGGACCCUCAAGUGUGGGGAUCAGAUCCUCAUGAAUUCAAACCAGAGAGGUUUCUCACUACACAUUCACUAGUAGACUUUCUGGGUCAGAACUUUGAGUUCAUUCCUUUUGGAUCCGGAAUACGAUCAUGCCCAGGUAUUUCAUUUGCCAAGCAAGUCUUGUACUUGAUUCUUGCUCGUCUCCUACAAGGUUUCAAUUUUGAGACCCCAUCACAGCAACCGGUAGACUUGACUGAAGGCUUAGGCCUCACCAUGCCCAAAGCAACCCCACUACACAUCUUCCUCACCCCACGCCUUCCUUCUAAGCUCUAUGAAGAUUAAUUACAAAUAAUUAAGGUAAAAAGGAGGAG